UUUUGAGAACAUCGCGACCACUCCUGCAGCUGCUAGGCUUCAUAAAGCUUUGACAAGGGACAACACAGGCACCAGGUUGUCUAUUAGGCUACCUAAUGGGACUUUCUCGGGUACUGAACGGGAAAGGGCACUCGCCCCGCUGUCGGCGCACUUUCCGGACGCCAUUCCCACCGCUAGGGAAGCGAUGUUCCGUGCAUCAGGCCAUCCCCACCGCACUGGAGGCUGGCUAAAAGCCUUAUAAACCGGCAAACAGGGGAUGGUAUAUGUCCGGUGUUGCUGAAGCAGGACAGGGAGCUCUUACUUCCACAUCUUGUGGAUAUUAUGUGGUACAGUCUAGCACUGGCCCACAUUCCCAAGGUGGGGCAGAGGGCAAGGGUAUCUUUAUACCGAAGGCAGGUAAGAGGGAUUACUAUCUUGCCAAGUCAUUCAGGCCGAUAAGUCUCACAUCCUUUAUGUUAAAGGCAAUGGAGAAAAUUAUUGACCAUGAAAUCAGGUUUAACACUCUGAAACAAACCCCUCUGCAUUCCAACCAGCACGCGUACAGGGUUGGUAGAUCCACGGACACUACGCUGUAUGCCUUAACGGAGGAAAUACAAAGGGCGUUUGAGUGUGAUGAGGUGGUGCUCUGUGCCUUCCUCGACAUCGAGGGGCCUUUGAUAACGCCUCCCAUUUGGGAGUCGACAGAGCUCUUGAGAAACAUAACGUUCAGCUAACCAUCCGACGAUGGAUAGCAAGGUUACUGCAGACCAGGAUCGCCGAAACUGAAGCGUCGU